ACCCCGCCCCCUGCCCGGCUCCCAGCUCCCAUUGUCUCCGCAGAUGCCGCUUGGUCCUGCUAUCGUGCGCGGUGUUCAGUUUUCUGAGGACACACUUUGCAGAACCAGGGCUGCAGCAGCUAUGUUCGCUCUGCCAUCUCUUCUGCUUUUGCUGCUGUCUCUGUGUCCCGGUCCUGGUCCUGGACCCGGGAGUGAGGCAAAGGUCACCCGGAGUUGCACUGAGACCCGGCAGGUGCUGGGGGCUCGGGGAUAUAGCUUAAGCCUACUCCCUCCCGCAGUGAUCUCAGGUGAGCACCUUCGGAUCUGUCCCCAGGAGUACACCUGCUGUUCCAGUGAGAUAGAGCAGAGGCUGACUUGGGAGACUGAGGCCACCUUCAGAGGCCUGGUGGAGGAGAGCGGCUCAUUCCUGGUUCACACACUGGCUGCCCGGCACAGAAAAUUUGAUGAGGUUUUUCGGGAGAUGCUCUCGUCAUCUGAGCACUCUCUGGCCCUGCUCUUCCACCGCUCCUACGGCCACCUGUAUUCCCAGCACGCCCCUGUAUUCACUGGCUUGUUCUCUCGGCUGCGGGACUACUAUGAGAGGUCCGGUGAGGGGUUAGAGGACGCUUUGGUGGAUUUCUGGGCACAGCUCCUGGAGAAAAUGUUCCCCCUGCUGCAUCCACACUACAUCUUCUCCCCCGACUACCUGUUUUGCCUCACUCGCCUCGCCUCCUCUCCUGAUGACUCUCUGAAGCCUUUUGGGGAGGCACCCCGCCGCCUCCGCCUGCAGAUAACCCGGGCCCUGGUGGCUGCCCGGGCCUUUAUCCAGGGCCUGGAAACCGGAAGAGAUGUGGUCAGCGAAACACUUAAGAUGCCGUUGUCCGAAGGCUGUAGGCAGGCUGUGAUGCGUCUGACCGGCUGUCCUCUUUGUCGGGGUGUCCCCUCGCUGCCACCCUGCCGGGGCUUCUGCCUCAACGUGGCCCAUGGCUGUCUCAGCAGCCAGGGACUGGAUCCUGACUGGGGGGCCUAUCUGGAUGGUCUCCUGUUCCUGGCCGAGAAGCUCCAGGGCCCUUUUUCUUUUGAACUGGCAGCCCAGUCCAUUGGGGUGAAGAUCUCAGAGGGUUUGGUGUAUCUGCAGGAAAACAGUGCAGUGGUGUCAGCCCAGGUGUUUCGGGAAUGCGGGAAUCCCCAAAGGGCACCGUCCCGCGCCCGCCGAGCCCCAGCCCCCCGGGAGGAGGUGAGCCGCCUCUGGACCCCGGCGGCGGCGGGGGCGGCGGGGACGGAGGAGGAGAGGCCCACGACGGCCGCAGGCACCAGCCUGAACCGCCUGGUGUGGGAACUCCGCGAUCGGCUGGGCCGGGUGAGGGGCUUCUGGGCCGGGCUGGCCCUGACGGUGUGCGCGAACCCCCGCAUGGCGGCGGACAUCUCGCAGGAGGCGGCGCCCUGCUGGACAGGAGCUGGGCGGGGCCGGUAUUUGUCGCCUGUGGUCGCAAGUUCCCUGGAGCAGCUCGAAAACCCAGAGCUGGACCGUGAAUCCUUGAGAUCUGACGUCCAGACACGCAGGCGGCGGCUGCAGCUCCGGUUAGCCACCACCAGGAUGAGGGCGGCCGCCCUGGGACGUGACAUGGAACUGGAGGACUGGGAUGAGGAGGAGGAGGACGCCAGCGGUUCUGGAGAGGGACAGCACUAUGCAGAUGACUGGAUGGCUGGGGCAGCAGCUGUGGCCCCCCCAGCCCGGCUGCCUCGCCCUCCUCGAAGGGACACUUCUGGGGGCAAAGGAGGAGGUGUCCUUGUCCGCCACAACCAGGGCAGGAGCAGGACUGGGGGGACAUCUGUUGGUUUUCACACCCAACCCAUCCUCAUUCUCUUCCUCUCAGUCCUGGCCCUGCUUGGACCAAGAUAACAGGGGAAGGGUGCCCUAGCAUCAGAAGGGUUCAUGGCCCUUCCCCUCCUCCCCCUCUCCCUCAGCUGGGUCUGGGAAGGAGUCGAAGGGGGAUGCAGAGAGGUAAAGAAAGGGACUUUUUGGGUGAAUGGCUGGGGCCCCAAAUCCAGGAGAUUACCAUUGGUGGGUUGGGGGUGGGUGGGUGUUCAUAAUAUUUAUUUUUUCAUUUACAAUCUGGGGAGGAGGGGCUGGGGGUAUUUAUUUAGGAAGAAGGUGUGUGCUUUCCAAGCACACCUCUAUGUUGGGCAAGUUGUCAGCCCCAACAAAGAAAA